CCUAUGGCAGCACACACGGCUAGCGUGUUCCUCUGCUUCUAUUUCUUUCUUUUUCUCCAGUUUCGUCCGUUGUCACUCCUCCAUGGGCGAUUUCACUAUCCUCAUUGCUUAUGAAUUGCCCGCAAGCUAAGAUUGUCAAACCCACAUCUACUCCAUCGUCUUCUGUAAGUGGGUGCGUUGGUUGGGAGAUACCAUCCCCCCUUUUAUUUUUUGGGCUUCAGCUGUCAGCUAAUAAUAAUAGUGAUGGAUGAUAAAAAUGAAAGUGCCGUUCCGCUCCUGGCUUCCGCUUGCAUGGAUUAGCUUCUUCAGCGACUGUACAUAAUACCGCUGCUGCAUUGGUUUGUACGGUUGGUACAGACAAUGAUGUAGAGCAUAAGAUCAUGGAGAUCGAAAAACGGUUGCGGAAACUCGAUGUGGCGGCCGAAAAACGCUCGACCCCAUUUGCGGCUCAUAUUCCAACCGGUCAACGACGUACUAAGGAGACCUGUCCUUUGAAAGACGGUGAACAGGCGACCAAAUUCAGUCUAGCGCCUUCCGGAUUACGUAUUGAAACGGAUAUCAAAGAAGCUGAGCAUUUUGUCCGGGUCCUUUUAAGCGGACUUGAUCCCGUGAAAAUCCAGCAAAAUGCCAAAGAGGUGUUUAGUCGACAGCAUUUCACCUGGCAAUCGUCCAGCCCCGAACCGAUCGUGGCAGAGCCAUAUCCCAUGAAUUCGCUGGAUAUCGAAGAUCCCAUCGAAGUCACCUGGUUAGAAAUGGUUUUAACUACGCGUCAUUUUCGUAGCUUUGUCUUGUACCAAAUGGUGGAUCCGCCUCGUUUGGUGGAACUGAUUUCGUUCGACAAAAUACGUCAACUCCCGAUUGCUGAGCAGCAGGAACGUAUGUUUCUUGCCAAAUCCGUGCGGGCGUAUGUUUUUUAUUACGAAAAUUUUUUGCACGACGAUACACCGUAUCCGAUCAAAAGUGACAAAGGGCCCCGGUACUUGGAACAGGCCGAAGAUUUGUUGGACCAUUGUUACACAAAAAGUAGCCGUAACAGUAUCCGUGCGCUGCUGCAUCUGAUCUCAUACCACUUACAGUACCAUCGAGACCCGCACAAGAUGUUCCUCUACUGCGAUUUGGUUUUACGCAUGGCUCAAGAUCUGGAAUUAAAUAAGUGCAAGCCCAAAUCCUUCAUGGACGAUGAUCGUUUGGUAGAAGAAGAUCGACGGUUGUGGUGGUCGGCGUACUGGAUUAACCUGUGGAUCGCCAUUGAAUUUAAUCGACCUGUCAUGGCGCGGUGGGCCGAAUGUGAAGUCCCAUUUCCGCGCAGAUUACCAGACGAAGGGGCUGAUGUUGGUUACUGUCUGGAUUUUUGUAUCUACGCUGUCAAAUUAUUAACGAUCCGACAACGCAUGACACAGACACUAAAAUUGGCUUGGACGGCCUCGGCCCUUUUAAGGCAAAUUCAAAUGCUGGAGUACGAAUUGUCGGUUUGGGAUGAAAACUUGCCGGUCCAUUUUAUUCAUGCCAACUGGAAACAGGUUCCCGACUCACUGUGCGUAGAAUUAGGCUUACUGCUUCAAGGUCAGCUGUGCACGGCCAAGGCACAGAUGUACGAAUGCUUACUAUCGAAACACAAACCGCCGAAUACAACGCUGGAAUUUCUAGCUAUCCGGAGCAGUGUGAAAGCCGCGAACCGAUUUGCGGAUAUGGUGAUUGAGUAUGCAGCAAGUAUGCGGAUGUGCAUUUGUUUAUUCAUCUUGCAUUUGAUGCGACCUUGUGUCAUGAUUCUGCUCAGUCACUGUGUCUUUGAAACCCCCGAAAUUGCCGCUGUCACCCGUGAUAAACUGCGUUGCAUUCAGUCGUUGCUCGCCAACUACCCUUAUGUGCAAAUAAACGAAGCGGUCGAGCUCAAUCGCCACAUUCAACAAGCCUGCGCCGCCAUGCCAUCAAUGUCUCUCCCCGUCUCGGCGCCCUCUGAUAUCCAUGCUGUGCAUUCGCAUUUUCAUGGAAAUCCCGACCAUUCCUCUUUUCCCAAGCAUUUUCAAAAUCAUGGUGAAAUGCAUGACCGUGACUCUUCUUCGUUGGCUCCGCCUGCAUCUCCCUCCACUUCUGCAUCCUCUCAGGUCUUGUGGCGAGGCCUAAAUUCUUCUCAUCAUGCAUCCCCGACGAAUAACCGCUUUACAUUUCGACAUACUUACUCACUUGAUGACCUGCGGCAAUAAAGCAUGCAUAUAAUCCCAUUCAUCUUAUUUUUAUUUUUAUUUUUUUGGUAUGACAAUAGAAAAAGGGACAUUAUGCUUGUCAGUGAUUCGUUUCUUGGUGUGACUUGAUUUCCACAUUUGGGAGAUUCAAUAAAUGAGUUUCAAGACUCCGCCUCGGGCAGUCGGAGAGACCAAACCAACCGGUGGGGGCCGGUGGUGGAAGGGGGGCCCAGAAGCGAGUAUGGGCAUCCCGCAGUGACCGAUUCUCUCUCUUCCAGCGACACUAUGAAGGUAUCUAUCGCUUCACGUGAAAGAAUACGACGCGGGAAAAGGGGCAAAACUAGG